AUGGGGGUCUGUUGUAGCAAAGGCACAGGAUUAAUUGUGGAGAGUGGCACGGAUAACGAACAUGGAGGUGGAGAGGCUGAGGUUAGGGACACAAAUGAUGGGGCUAUUGUAAGGUCGCGUGGAUCAUCCAAACACGUUUCCAUGUCAAUCAAACAAGGGAAAAAAGGGAUAAAUCAAGACGCCAUGACGGUCUGGGAGAACUUUGGUGGGGAGGAAGAUAUGAUAUUUUGUGGUGUAUUUGAUGGUCACGGUCCUAUGGGUCACAAGAUUUCUCGUCACGUAUGUGAAAAUUUACCGUCAAGGGUCCAUUCGAAAAUCAGAUCUUCAAAAUCUGGCAGCAAUGAAAACGUGGAGAAUAAUAAUAGUUCAGAAAGUCAGGAAGAGAGUCAGGAGGUACUCUUCCGUGAAUGCGAGGAUGUUCUAGUGACAUUCUUCAAGCAAAUAGACAGCGAACUUGGUCUUGACUCUCCUUAUGAUAGUUUUUGCAGCGGUACAACUGCUGUAACCGUCCUUAAACAGGGUGACUGCUUGGUGAUCGCCAACUUGGGAGAUUCAAGAGCCGUUCUUGGCACCCGAGGAAGCAAGAACAAUUUCAAUGCUGUCCAACUCACUGUUGAUCUAAAACCGUGUGUCCAACGCGAAGCAGAGAGAAUAAUGUCAUGCAACGGAAGGGUGUUUGCUAUGGAGGAGGAACCCGAUGUGUAUAGAGUGUGGAUGCCUGAUGAUGAUUGUCCGGGGCUCGCAAUGUCAAGAGCUUUUGGUGAUUUCUGCCUCAAAGACUAUGGACUGCUCUGCGUUCCUGAAGUCUUUUGCAGAAAAAUCAGUAGAGAAGACGAGUUUGUGGUUCUAGCCACCGAUGGGAUUUGGGAUGUUUUGUCAAACGAAGAAGUGGUGAAGAUUGUAGGUUCCUGUAAGGAUAGGUCAAUGGCAGCAGACACGUUGAUUCAGCGAGCCGCUCGGACAUGGAGAACAAAGUUUCCAGCCUCUAAAGCUGAUGACUGCGCGGUGGUGGUGCUUUACCUGAACCACCGGCCAUACCCAAGAGAAGGAAACGUGAGCCGAGCAAUAUCGACUAUUUCAUGGAGAUCAGGUAAAAGCAAUAACGAGUGUUAUGGAGUCGCACCGUGGUCGCCAUUGAUUCUACCUCAAAGGGUUUCAUAG